AUGGAAAACAAGAGCUGUUCAAAGUGUAAAAGGAGCCUUUUAGUAGAUGCAUUCAAGGUGACAAAAAAUGGUCAAACGACAAAAACAUGCAUCAAAUGCCUCGAUGUUAACAAGGCGUCACGGGAACGUACAAAGUGCCCGCAUAAAAAGCAGAGGGCCCUGUGUAAGGAGUGCAAGGGCAGUCAAAUCUGCCCUCACGAAAAAAGGAAAUCCAGGUGCAAGGAGUGCAAGGGCAGUGAAAUCUGCCCUCAUGAAAAGCAGAGGUCCAAGUGUAAGGAGUGCAAGGGCAGUGAAAUCUGCCCUCACGAAAGAAUAAGAUCUCGGUGUAAGGAGUGCAAGGGCAGUCAAAUCUGCCCUCAUGAAAAGCUGAGAUCCUAUUGCAAAGAAUGCAAAGGCAGUCAAAUCUGCCCUCACGAAAGAAUAAGAUCUCAGUGUAAGGAGUGCAAGGGCAGUCAAAUCUGCCCUCACGAAAGAAUAAGAUCUCGGUGUAAGGAGUGCAAGGGCAGUCAAAUCUGCCCUCACGAAAGGCAGAGGGCCCUGUGUAAGGAGUGUAAGGGCAGUCAAAUCUGCCCUCACGAAAAAAGGAGAUCCAGGUGUAAGGAGUGCAAGGGCAGUGAAAUCUGCCCUCACGAAAGAAUAAGAUCCAGGUGCAAAGAAUGCAAGAAGGUUAAACAAUAAAUGGCAACUAUCGGUGUUCUUGUGGCUGGUGCUGCGAUUAACGCUCUAGCAUUCUCGGGGAGUAACUAUCUGUUCAGUAAACUCGGUGGGCAUGGAGAGGAAGAGAGGAAACGGCAUGAUAAAGCAAUUGAACAACUUCAAGCAGCUCAGCAACAGUGGGUCCGUGACAGACAGGCAAAGAUUGAUUGGUAUAGCUCUCAACGAGAGCUGAAAAGGCAAGCCGGAGAGAGCUUGAAGGAACUCGAUGAAGGCAUGAGGGGGUACUAUAUCGCAACGAUCGAAAAAGCUCCAAAACUAUCCGAUUUUUACACACCUUCCAAGCAGCAACAGGAUGGUGAGCUGACGUUUAUCGUAGGAUCCCUAGCCCUUCUUGGUUUUGCAGUGUACAAGUUCGCCUAGCGGCCGUGCUCCUGCGGAGACGAGCUUCGCCCUUCCGCUGACAUCGCC